AUAGCGAAGAGGGCGGGACAUGUCCUCAGCCUCCUAUAACGCUAAAGGGCCAUGGAAAUACUGCUUCUAUUGAAACAGAACAUCUAGGUUACACUCGCGUCGACUCACAAGUAGUAACCUGGUACUAACUGGUGAAUUUAACCAAAACUAGCGCUACUCUUAAUUUGAGGAACCAGACCCAGCCGUUGCUUCUCCGUAUUCAUCCGCACCGGCGCUGGCUGGAUGAACGCCGCCUAACGUUACUCGUCCAGGUGACAGCCUCGUCUCACCGCCCCCUCCCCCCCGGGGAUGCUGCCGCCUGCGGAUGACAGCAGCUUAGAGGACGGAAACAAGUGUGUGUGCCGCUCUUUAGAAAGUAGUGAAGAUAGAGAACAGGUUCACCUCUUUUAAAGAGGGCUACUUAUUGCUUCGCGCUGGGGUCUAGUGGAAGAAGAGCUUCCGCCACGGUGCGGUCAUUUUAAGCCACGAAGCUUAACGACGCUCGCUGACAACGGUCUGAUCUGAACUCGGCGUCUCUCUUCAGCCAACAGUCUCAACAUCUUCCUGGAUGCGAUGUCCGACUCGGUUGUGGACAGCAAGGCGGAGGUGAAACAAGCCACGAAAUAUGUCAAAGAGACCGAAAACGUCGCGGAGAAAUAUUCGGCGAUGACCGUCAGCAAGAACAGCAGCGAUGUGAACAUGAACGUCGGGGAAAUGCCUUCCGCCGCGUUCACCGCAGUCCCCACGCUGAAAUCCGUCAAGAAGAUCCAGUUUGCGAACACUGAGGACAAACAAGAGUUCAGCAAGUACCCCACCAAAGCUGGCCGCCGCUCCCUCUCUCGGUCCAUCUCGCAGUCCUCCACAGACAGCUACAGCUCAGCCGCGUCCUACACCGACAGCUCCGAUGAUGAAACCUCCCCCCGGGACAAAGCCCAGGUCAACACCCACGGCAACAGUGACUUCUGUGUGAAGAACAUCAAGCAGGCCGAGUUUGGCCGACGUGAAAUAGAAAUUGCAGAACAAGACAUGUCAGCCCUGAUUUCCUUGCGGAAGAGAGCCCAGGGGGAGAAACCAUUGGCUGGGGCGAAGAUAGUGGGCUGUACCCAUAUCACUGCUCAGACCGCAGUCCUGAUUGAGACUCUGGUCGCCCUCGGGGCCCAGUGUCGCUGGACUGCCUGCAACAUCUACUCUACUCAGAAUGAAGUGGCUGCUGCUCUCGCUGAAACAGGGGUACCUGUGUUUGCAUGGAAGGGUGAGUCAGAGGACGACUUCUGGUGGUGCAUCGAUCGCUGUGUCAACACGGAGGGCUGGCAAGCUAAUAUGAUCUUGGAUGACGGUGGAGACUUAACCCACUGGGUGUACAAGAAGUAUCCGAGUGUCUUUAAGAAGGUCCGAGGCAUCGUGGAGGAGAGCGUGACCGGAGUGCACAGAUUGUACCAGUUGUCUAAGGCUGGCAAGCUGUGUGUCCCUGCCAUGAAUGUGAACGACUCCGUCACCAAGCAGAAAUUUGACAACCUUUACUGCUGCCGUGAAUCCAUCCUGGAUGGUUUGAAGAGAACCACAGAUAUAAUGUUCGGAGGCAAGCAAGUUGUUGUUUGUGGUUAUGGAGAGGUCGGGAAAGGCUGCUGCACGGCUCUAAAGGCCCUUGGAGCCAUUGUGUGCAUCACAGAGAUCGACCCCAUCUGUGCCCUGCAGGCCUGCAUGGACGGCUUCCGAGUGGUCAAGCUGAGUGAGGUCAUCCGGCAGAUGGACGUGGUGAUAACUUGCACUGGUAACAAGAAUGUCGUCACUCGAGAACAGCUGGACCGAAUGAAGAAUGGCUGCAUCGUCUGCAAUAUGGGACACUCCAAUACUGAGAUUGAUGUGGCGAGUCUGCGCAGCCCUGAGCUGACCUGGGAGAGGGUGCGCUCUCAGGUGGACCACAUCAUCUGGCCCGAUGGCAAGAGGGUUGUCCUGCUUGCUGAGGGCCGCCUCUUAAACCUGAGCUGCUCCACAGUGCCUACGUUUGUGUUGUCCAUCACUGCUACAACUCAGGCCCUGGCCCUCAUUGAGUUGUUCAAUGCUCCAGAGGGGCGUUACAAACAGGAUGUUUAUCUCCUGCCCAAGAAAAUGGAUGAGUAUGUGGCCAGUUUGCACCUACCAAACUUUGAUGCCCACCUGACGGAGCUCUCUGACGAGCAGGCCAAGUACAUGGGUCUCAACAAGAACGGCCCCUUCAAACCUAAUUAUUACAGGUAUUAAUGACAGCGUCUGAUGCUGUGGUCCUCAACACACACAAUGGUCCUGGGAUAAACAAAGAUAUCUAUUUUAUUCUGUAAAUUGCUACAAAAUGGAGGAAUUAUUUUAAGUAUGCUGAAUGUAACUUAUUAAUAGCACUUCGGACAUAGUGUUAAAUAUGAAGAAUAAGACUUGUAGGAAACAUACAAUGUAUAACCAACUAACAUUUACAUGUCUUGUCAUGUGUUUGAAAGAAAAGCUGCUUGCAUGCUUUCAUGUGUCUGUGCUUAUUUAGUUGCUAAUGCUUCUCUUGCUAGAUCACAAAGUUGUUGAUUUGUUUGUUUAUCCUAUUUAUGCACAGUGCCAAAAGAUGGCUGUGAGAAUGGAACAGAUACCAUGUACGUUUUGUCUGUCGAUGACAUUAAGAUUUUAUUAAUACAUUCCACGGGUUUGGGCUGAACCAUAACAGACUCUGUAUUCCAAUGUACAUUAUUUUAGAAAUGUUUGUUUUACAUUCGUUAAAUAAUGGUAUCUGCAUACAUGACCGAAAAGGUAUCAUCCAGUCACACUUUCUUAUUGUCAUUUAUGUACGGUGAUUAAAUAAAACACUUGUUGUUUAUUAAACAAAUGUAAUAGUCUGUGAAAGGUUGAGUGAAAAGCUUCACCUGAAUACAUUAAAACCAAAGGGAUGUUUUAUUUGCUGACAGAGGAAGAUGUUCUGUUAUGUUAAAGAUACUGGAAAUAUUUUCAAACUACUACAAUUUUCUUCAUUUAAUUCCAAGUUUCCAUUGGCUCACUGACAUUCCAGCAGGUAUCUGUUUCUCUGACUGCAGCGAGGUCUGUUAUAAAGUGUUUUGACUGGAUCCUGCCUUUAAGGCCGUGGUAUGAAUGUGCCUUUUAAAUCAUUUACAACACGUAAUAAAUAUCAGCACUGACCUUAAUUAAAUGAACAUUCCUUUUUUUGUAAAACCACAUCUAUUAGUGGUGCUUUUAAUGUCUUCCUUUCACUGCUUCUGGUAUUAAAAAUAACUCCAAUGUUUGAGCUGUGUUGAGAAAAUAUAUUAGACUUUUAUGUUUGCCAUAUGAUUGUCGCUGUCUUAAUUUGAUCCAAUACGGUCACCAAAAGUAACAUUUUAUGUCAUCAAAAAGCAUAAGUGUAUACAAUGUAUGUAAAAGAAUGCAUUAAAUCAGCAAUAAAACAACUUCUUUUAACAGAGAAAAGUAACUUAAAA